AGCGAAAACUAACAAGCGAACAAGAUCCGUUUUCACCGUCUUUCACAUGUGAUGGUUUCGCAGCCUUAUCAUGCUGCCAUCACCACUCUUGUCAUUAUCGCCGUCAAUGUGAAGUAUCACCAGGCCUCUAUUAACAGAACCCAAAUUCAUGAGAUUCGCUGAAAAUUCGAUGAGUCCACGCAAGAGAUGAUCAUGAAAUUGAUAGCGAAAGGAACGCAACUGACGGCAGAAGAAGACACGGAAGCACAGGCCACGGAUUUCUUAAUCUGUUGUUUGUUUUGGGUUUCUCCUAUGCCGAUUGAACUUGAACGCCAGAGUGAAAGAAAGAAAGCAGAAUAAAUAACACAGCAUCCCCGAAAGUGUUUGCUAAAAUGCCUGAAAGAGAGAUAUGCGUCUUCCAUGCCCGCUGAAAUGCCUUAUGGGAGAGACUGAAUGUGGUGGAAAGCGAUAAACUCAUCCCUGAAGUACAUUUUUCCCACGAGGGUGACCACCAGAAGGCCUGCUUCUUAGGCCGCGCAGCGGUUUCCGGUACCUUCCGGUUGAUUCCGACAGAGUCGUUUUCUGGGGUUCAAUGGAGUUGACGAGCCGGACCACCAUCCAUCAAUUGCCCGUCGAGUCGUUUCAGCAGAUCCUCUCGCACCUCUCCCUGCGUGAGAUCUUCGCCUGCCGUGCUGUCUGCAGGUUGUUCAAGGAUGCACUGACGUGCCCCUUCUUCCUCCAGCAGGUCGCCCUCCGCACCACCCUCAACUGGUUCGUCGUCCAUCCCUCCGACCGCCAAAAAACGUGCGGCCCCUCCCCGGACUCCCUCCUUCAAGUCUACGAUGCCGACUCCAACAGCUGGGUCGUCUUUCCUCUUGAUUUUCUUCCUUUCACGUCUGCCAUCCCCGUCGCCGCCUCAGCUGGCCUUCUCUACCUCUGGUGCGAGUCGGAAUCCGGCCGCUCGCUAGUCAUCUGUAACCCUUUCACGCGAACAUUCAGGGUCCUGCCACAAUUAGGGUCGGCGUGGUUCCGGCAUGGCGCUGUUCUCUCGAGCGGGUGCCAUGUGUUGGUUUUCGAUAAGCUAGCCGCCCUCUACCUUGCCGAGGGGCGCCUCUGGUCGAAUGUCUCCUCCGGCCUGUUGUCGAAGCCACGAAGUGCUGUGCUUGUUGGGUCGACCGUCUACGCCCUUUGCGAUGUUGGCUCCGCGAUUGGGUCUCAGUGGAAGCUCGUCUUCUGCAAACUGGAUGAGUUGGGAAGUGGAAGGAGCUGGGAUAGACUCGAGCAGCAGAAAUGGGGGGAGAUCUUAGACAUCUUGCACCGGCCACGGCUGAUCCGAGGUAAAGGGGAGAGCCUGCUAAUGGUGGGGGGGCUCAAGUCGUCGUUCACGAUGAGCUCAGUGUGCUCGACGAUCAUCAUCCUCCAGCUUGACCUUCCGACCCUUGAGUGGGAUGAGGCCGGCAGGAUGCCUGCCGACUUCUUCGAGUGCUUCCAGAGUUGGGGCAAGUUUAAGGUGUUCGGGAUGGGGGACAGGGUCUUCUUCUCAGGGAAGGGGGCAGGGAAGUUGGCCAUGUGGGAUUCUUCGGAGAGGGGGAAAGGCAAGUGGACGUGGGUCUCCGGCGUAACCGAGAGAAAGGAUGGUCUCUACCGGGGAUUCUCAUUCGAUGCCAGGAUUCAUGCAGUGCCAUGAGCUACAUGAUGUACUGGUAGAAAAGAAGUACAACUUUGCCGAUAUGACAACUUUAACAUGCAGUCCGUGUGUAAGCUUAGCAUCUGCUUCCCUUGCACUAGACUUCCCAUCCUGAAGGCAUUGCUAUCGGUAAAGCCACGGAUUCCCUUGUUAAUGCAGCUUUGGUUGCAAAUUGGUGGUACAUUAAUGUUCAUCGAGCGAUAACCUUCAAAGAAACAGGCCUGGUUCGCAUCACGCAAUUUAAACUAGAGCAUUUUGAAGCCUGGAGGCCUGUCAUUUCUUGAGGCAAUGUGUGCUUUUCAGAUACAUCUGCUGGUGAAGUUUCCAUUAAAUUACUAGCCUGGAAUGCAAGUUUUGAAUUUUUCUUAUAUUAAAUCUGAAGCUUGCCUACCAGAAAAGUGUACAUCGGUAAGAACUGAAUUUAGAUAUUGAAUUUGACACGAGCCGUUGUAUUAUAACUGCUCAUAUGAUAUGUAUGUUACUAUGGGAAAAACUGAUAUUCUUCAUCUGUGAAACUAGUGUA